AUGAACGGGACAAAAAAAGGCAAAAAGGGCACUUUGGGCGCCAACGUCCAGGUUGUGGCUGUUGAGAUUGACCUUGACGAUGCAGUCUCCGUAAAACGCGGUCCAUACUCCGUACCUUACUCCGUAAAGAUACCUUACAUCAAUAGCAAUCUCACACCGGGCAUUAUUGACGUUAAUGAUAGCAAAGCGGGCAGAAAGAGGCAGGAGAGGCUCGUCGUGUCAUCCACAAUCAAGUCAGGUAGCACCAUUCCGGUUCCAUGCUGUUCUUCUUCGGUGGGACCUGACGGCUGCCCGGCAGUCCAGACUUCAAUGUUGACAUCAGGCAAGCAGCGCAAUGGAACAGCAGCGCAGCAACAAGUUCUCUCUCAACCUAGGCCUCGCAGCACUCUCCCGCCCCUGAACGAUAUGCACAUCCGCAUAUGCAGCGACUGUCCCUUGGAGAGCACCGCCACCUGCAUCACCGCCCAGUCUAUCCAACUUCCUCUCGGCUUCUUCCAGGACAUCGUGCAUCCGUUCGACUACCUAUCUCACACUGCACCAAACAACGAGAUGCCCUGCGUCUACAACGACAACCAGCAGCCACCCAGAGAUACUUGUGUGGCUCGGCUUGAGCAUUGCAGGGGACCAUCAGCAAGGUUUUUCCGCACAUCACCUCUCGACGGUGGACGCGCCUGCAUAUGUGCUCCAUGCAUUAUGCUCCAUCUGCUAAGGAUACUCGCUCCAGUGACGGGAAUGACUGAGCUAGCUUCUGUACAUCAAGACACAUGCAACGGCCAGAGUGAUGUAACUCGCAGCUCGGAACCGAGCUGGUCUACAGACCCCUACCUCAACCAAAGCGAUAGUAGCCACCAAGCAGACGAAACCCAGAUACAAGCAACGGACGACUAG